AUGAACAACAUAAUAAGAUCAACAGCAAGAAUACUACCUCGUUCACGUUUUCAACCGUCGACUUUACCAUUAAUAAACUUACGAAAGGCUUCCAACAUGUCGCACACAGUCCCAAAACUUAAUGAUCCAUCGCUCUUCAAAACCGGAGUUGCGUACGUCAAUGGAGAAUGGGUCAAGGCAGCUUCCGGAAAGACAUUUGACGUUCAUGAUCCAUCGACUGGAAAAUUGAUCGGAAAUGCCCCAGAGUUCGAUGUAGCUGAUACGAAGAAGGCAAUCGAUGCCGCCGCCGCAGCAUUCCCCUCAUUCAAAACUACAACCGGAAGAGAACGAGCUAAGCUAUUACGAAAGUGGUACGAUUUGAUGAUUGAAAACAGUGAGGAUCUUGCUAGGCUCAUAACAUGGGAGAAUGGAAAGCCAUUGGCGGAUGCAAAAGGAGAGACAACAUAUGCAGCCAACUUCUUGGAAUGGUUCAGUGAAGAGGCUCCCAGAAACUAUGGAGACGUUAUUCCAUCGUCGACUCCUGGAAAUCGAGUUAUUACCUUGAAGGAGCCUGUUGGUGUCGUUGGACUUAUCACCCCAUGGAAUUUCCCAGCUGCUAUGAUAACGAGAAAAAUCGCCCCUGCACUGGCAGCUGGUUGCACAGUUGUUGCAAAGUCUCCUGGGGAGACACCUUUCACCUCUCUCGCUCUCGCCGAACUUGCACACCGGGCUGGAAUCCCCAAGGGUGUUGUAAACUUUGUCAGCUCUCUCGAUAAUACACCUGCUGUUGGCGAGCUUCUCACUACUUCCCCAAUCAUCAAAAAAGUCUCUUUCACUGGAUCUACUGGUGUGGGUAAGAUUUUGAUGAAGCAAUCAUCUUCGACACUGAAGAAGUUGUCUUUUGAGCUUGGUGGAAAUGCUCCAUUCAUUGUAUUUGAUGAUGCAGACCUCGAUCUUGCAGUAACUGGUGCUAUUGCAUGCAAAUUCCGUUCCUCUGGACAAACUUGCGUUUGUGCCAACAGAAUUUUUGUGCAAUCUGGAAUCUAUGACGCCUUCGCCGAGAAGUUUGCAGCAAAGGUCAAGGACUUCAAGGUUGGAGGUGGUUUCUCUGAUGGAAUUACACAUGGACCUGUUAUUCACGGCCGUGCGGUUGACAAGGUUGAAGCUCAUGUUCGAGAUGCAGAGAAGAAAGGAGGAAAAGUUAUUCAAGGUGGACAGAAGAUCCCUGAGCUUGGAGCAAACUUUUUCCAGCCCACUGUCAUCACUGGCGUUACUACAGAUAUGGACAUCGCAAACGAGGAAACUUUCGGUCCUGUCGCAGGUCUUCUUAAAUUCGAUACUGAAGAGGAAGUCGUACGAAUUGCAAAUUCUGCCGAUGUCGGCUUGGCAGGAUAUUUCUUCACUAAAGACGUUGAGAGAGCCACUAGGAUCUCAGAAGAGUUAGAGCUCGGAAUGGUUGGUGUCAACACUGGAUUGAUCAGUGAUGUAGCAUCACCAUUUGGUGGUGUUAAGGAGUCAGGAUUCGGACGUGAAGGAAGUAAAUAUGGAAUCGCAGAAUAUCAAACCAUUAAGGUGGUCACAUACGGAGGCAUGGGCAAGCCAUUGCAAAAUUAG